ACGGUCUGGUAUGACAACAAAUACACGUGUCUGAAUACCAAGCUGAAGUUCUACAGAGCUUGUGAGAGAACAGACACAAGACGCUAUAAAUAGUAACUUUUAGUUGAAACAGUCAUCUAAACUUAUAUUCUCAUGGUGCGUUUUCUUUAAAUUGUGGACCAACAAGACGCAAAUAGCUAGGAUACUCGAAAUUCCCGCCGUGCAACGUGAACAGAGAAAGGAAUCACAGACAUUGCAGGAGUUACAGUAAACUGCAAACCGUGACCAACUGGCAGGUAUGUUCAAACCUCCAAGGGACCACGCCGUGAUUUAAAGGCUCCGUCAUUGGUGGAGGCUGUGCACGCUGACUGAUAUUCCCUGACCGCAGACUACCAAGAAACAUACGCCAAGUUACUAGGCAAGCUCGAGCCUUCAUCAGCCAUUAGAACACAAUGAGGCCUGAGGACUUGAUGCCAGAGAUGACCAGUCUGUGGAUAUUCGGCUACGGCUCUUUGGUGUGGAAACCGGACUUCAAGUACAAAAGACGCAAAGUUGGUUAUAUUCGGGGCUUUAAGAGACGUUUUUGGCACGGGGAUAACUUUCAUAGAGGCGACGAAAACAUGCCUGGACGAGUGGUGACAUUGGUGGAGGAUCAUGACGCGUGCACGUGGGGUGUGGCCUAUGAGGUCGCUGGCUCGCAAGUGGAGGAAUCGCUCAAGUACCUGAACAUCAGAGAGGUGGUGCUGGGGGGGUACCUCACCAAGAUGGUGGAGUUUAACCCCCAGGAGGAGAACGAGGCCUCUCUAUUCGCUCUGGUCUACAUCGCCACCGCGGAUAACCCCAUCUACCUCGGGCCGGCCAGCCCCGGCGACAUCGCCGCCCAGAUCGCCGCCUGCAGGGGGCAGACUGGGCACAACAUCGAGUACCUCCUGCGGCUGACGGAGUUCAUGAGGCUGUGCUGCCCAGAGGUGGAGGAUGACCACCUCUUCUCCAUCGAGGCAGCCGCCUUAGCCCUUGGGCGGUGCCAAACACACGCUACGUGACACUGGUGCUCUAAAACUGCACGCCGUGUCCCGGUCGUGUCGCGGUACUUGGUUGUUGCGAUCAGAAAUCUGUGGGGGAGAGCGAGAGAGAGGCUUCAGCGGUGAAAGAGGACGCUAUAGAUCAGGAGGCUAAACAGACACUCCACAACACAGACUAUAUGUUUGCCAUGUGUGUGUGUGUGUGUGUAUGUGUGUGUGUGUGACUAAAGUCCAUUCUCUGAAUCUCAUGGAUCUUAAGAUGUGAGAGACCACAGACUCUGUGCGAGAGACCGAAUGUGUGCGUGACAUUUUUAUUUUGUUUUAAUAAGGGAAUUUGUAAAUGUCUCAAAUCAUGUGCUAAUGAGGUGUACUGGAGGCUGAUGUUAUCGGCCUGCUUGUGUUUGCAUCUCCAGGAGUCCAGCGCGGUAAACACCAGGUCUAACCAGACCUGUGGAAUCUCUUUAACAACAGAAUGCUCUGGAUGUAACGGCGUCAGUGACAGUAUCAAGGCAUGAUCAGCAGUAGCUGGACUAAUAAUGAGCAUUGUGUUCAGGUCUUAAAGAAGGGACCAGUCUGUGUGCCUGCCCACCCUAAUGUCUGCCCUACUCUGCACUGAGGGUAGAAGCGCUUGCUGACAGAAUGUCUGUUUUCUUGGAUCCGCCAUGUAUGGUAUGCCUUUGUUGUAAAAGGACAAAAUGUUUGUAAAAAUAUAAAUAAUUAAGUAACGUU